AUGACUUCGCAAGCACCUACCACACCAGUUGGCUACCCAGGCACGUCUGUCCCACCAGUCGUAGCAACCGCAGGCACACCUGUCUCACAAUCACUAUCACCAUCAAUGACAGACACACGUGUUUCAACACUAAGCAAAGACAAGCUCGAUUCAUCAGUGCCAGCGUUAGCAACUACUUCGACAGCAGACAUACAGGAUCACUGGAUUAUUGGCCCCGUCACUGCAAAAUUCUGGCAGUAUCAGUGCAUGGCAGACAAUAUAUCAAAACCUUGUCCAUUAGAACCCAAUGUCCAAGAAAUCUUAGCUUUGGCUAACGUUCUUUUUUUGGCUCCAGAGCAACACAGCGAUGCAAAAAUGGCAGUUUUUGGCUAG